AUGGGUCACAUCGAGGUCAAAAGCCCAUCGUCGCUGGCGCACGUGGUGUUGCGUACACCAAAUUUCAAGGCAAUGAACGACUACUAUAAAACAUUCCUCGGCGCCAAGGCAUCGUACGAGAACGAGAUUCUUUCAUUAUUGACAUACGAUGAGGAACACCACCGCGUCGCGAUUGUCGCCGUCCCCGGUACUGGGCCUAAGGUGCCGAAAUCGGCUGGUCUUGAGCACAUUGCCUUUACCUUUAAUACCCUGGAUGAUCUUACACUGGCCUAUCGCCAGCGUAAAGAGGCUGGUAUUUUGCCGUCGUGGUGUGUGAACCACGGACCGACAACUAGCAUCUACUAUACCGAUCCCGAUGGCAACAUGAUCGAGACUCAGGUGGACAACUUCGAUACUGUCGAUGAGGCCAACGCUUUUAUGGCAUCUAGAGCCUUUGCAGAGAAUCCUAUCGGCACUGACUUUGAUCCCGAGGAGCUUAUACGGAGAUUGGAAAGUGGAGAGGAUCACCGGUCGAUCAAGAAGCGCAUCGAGAACGGCCCAAGAGGGUUACCAGAGUGGGCAUUGUGA